AUGACGGAUAAAUAUCAUUUGGUAACUGAGCUAACGAAAGAGUCAAUUGAGGCUACAAAAUCUUUUACGCAUCAUGAGAAACGUUUGCCAAGUACACGCAAAGAGAAAAUAACCGAUGUUGCUCAACUCAAACCAGGCGAUCAUGUCAGUUUUUAUAGAAGUGACUUUUACUAUGCACAUCACGGUAUUGUACGUGAAGCUAGUGCCAAUUAUCUUCGUAUUAUACAUUUUUACAAUACAGCAGCAAAUGUUUGGAAUUCAUUAGUGAAAGGUUCAUUAUAUCUUGCUGAAGUUAUUGAAAGUGAAUGGGAUUUAAAAAUGAAUAGUGAUAGUGAAGAAAUUUAUUUACAUCAUUAUGAUAAUAUAAAAUGUUUUUCGAAUGAAGAAACUCUUGAACGAGCCAUUGCCAAUCUUGGAAAACGUGGCUAUUCAUUAUUCAGUAAUAACUGUGAACAUUGGGCACGAUGGUGUCGAACAGGUGAUUCUUAUUCCGAACAAAUUAUCAGAUUUCGUAAUUUUGUUAGAGAAAAAGCGGCUGCACUUUUAAUUGUUGAUCCUGCGGCACUGCUUGUUAAAGAUGUAGCUGUUGUCGGUACUCAAAGUCUUGGAACAUUCCUCAGUGCCAUUGGAUCGGGUUUAGUUCUUACGAGUGUCGAGAGUAUUGCUACACUCAUCGAUAUUAAACGAAAAGAAAAACAACGACGACAAGGUAGCUUAAGUGAGAUGGCUUUCAAAAAAUAUGUCGUACUUCGAAUCACAUCAGCAUGUGGUACUGUAGGUGAUCAUUUUUAUUGA